UAUGCACUUUCAGCAGUGCACUUAUCAGCAAAAACAAAUGAACUUGAGUUCAAUUAGCGAUAGCUCCACACUGAUUUAUGUGGAAACCGUGACUUUAGUUUAGGUAUUUGCCCAAGAAAAGUCAUCAUUUUCUGCUGAUAUCAUAUUAGAAAUUGUAAGCAAAUAACAUAAAUUACUUUGAAAUGAUAAAAUCACAGUGGCACGGCGUGUUUCCGUCACAAAACUAUCCAAACGCAAAUCACAAACGACUUUCAUAUAUAUUCCAUAUCAAACUUUAUACCAACAACUAAAUGGACAACUGCGACCAUUCGAGUUCGGAGGAGCAGCGCGAACGCGUGGACAACGCCAUCCUGACCGCCAUGGAGGAUCUGGAUCGGGACUAUCUGCGCAAGCUGCAGAUCGAGAUGCACACCUGUGCGACCGCCUGUUGUGCGGAUGCGGAUGCGAAUGCGGAGGCGGUGGAGCGGUGCGUGGACCGCUGCCAGAUCCGCUUGACCCGAGCCCGUUGCUUCGUGCAGCAGGGCAUAUCCGACUUUGAGAAUCGCCUGGAGAAGUGCAUCCAGCAGUGUCGCCUCCAUGGAUCUGCCUAUGGCUCGGAACGUUGCUCCAGCAACUGCGUGGAUAGUCAUGUGGGUUCGCUGCCCGAGAUGCUCAGGGCUAUGCGGGAUACCCUGGAAAAGGGUGUUUAACAUUCAUUGUUUUUGAAAUGAAAUUCGUUGGUUUGAAUCAAGUAUUUUGUGAUAUAUGUACCUUCGUAAAUUUAAACUCUUCCAACAUUUAUA